AUGGUCAACAAGAUGGUCAACAAGAUCACUGCUGUCCUGGCGCUGGCUGCUCCGGCUUUGGCUGAUGUCGCUGACCGGGAGGAGCCUCACUCAGCUUCCGUUCGCACCACCACCUUCACUACCACCAACCACCCUGUCACCACUUCUGUCGUGACUUCUGGAACCAAGACUCUGACAGUCCCCAUCACCUUGACCGAGACUAUCACCGUUACCACCACCGUCUCUGAGGAUGCCACCGAAAGACCUGCGCCCAUCGCUACCGGCAACCCGGCCCCGACUGAUACUACCGGCGAACCCAUUCCCAUCCUUCCUACAGGCGUCAGCCCCAUCGUUCCUACAGGCGUCAGCCCCAUCCUUCCCACAGGCGUCAGCCCCAUCCUUCCCACAGGCGUCAGUCCCAUCAUUCCUACAGGCGUCAGUCCCAUCAUUCCCACAGGCGUCAGCCCCAUCAUUCCUACAGGCGUCAGCCCCGUGAACAACGUCACCAUCCCUUCCAGCGCUGCUCCGUUCCAGAACAGCACUGCGCCGCCUCUUGUCCCGACCACCCAACCCGUGCCCGUUCCUCCCGGCUCUUUGCCUGCCCCUGUCCAGAACAUCACUGCGCCGCCUCUUGUCCCGACCACUCAACCCGUGCCCGUUCCUCCCGGCGCUUCACCUGCUCCUGUCCAGAACGUCACUGCGCCGCCUCUUGUCCCGACCCAACCUGGUCAGCCCGGCGCCACCGCUAUCCCUGGUCAGCCCGGCGCCACUGCUAUCCCUGGUCAGCCUGGUGCCACUGCUAUCCCUGGUCAGCCCGGCGCCACUGCUAUUCCUGGUCAGCCUGGCAUCCCUGUUACCCCUGGUCAGCCUGGCGCUCCUAGUCAGCCCGGACAGCCUGGACAGCCCGGCGUCCCUGUUACCCCUGGUCAGCCUGGCGCUCCUAGUCAACCCGGUCAGCCUGGCCAGCCUGGCGUCCCUGUUACCCCCGGUCAGCCUGGCGCUCCUAGUCAACCCGGACAGCCUGGACAGCCCGGCGUCCCUGUUACCCCUGGUCAGCCUGGCGCUCCUAGUCAGCCCGGACAGCCCGGGCAGCCCGGCGUCCCUGUUACCCCUGGUCAGCCUGGUGCUCCUAGUCAGCCUGGACAGCCUGGACAGCCCGGCGUCCCUGUUACCCCUGGUCAGCCUGGCGCUCCUAGUCAACCCGGCCAGCCCGGCCAGCCCGGCGUCCCUGUUACCCCUGGUCAGCCUGGCGCUCCUAGUCAACCCGGCCAACCCGGACAGCCCCUUACCACUGCUAUCCCCGGUCAGCCUGGCGCUCCUGCUCAGCCUGGUCAACCCAGUGUCCCUGGUCAGCCCGGCGCUCCCAGCGGUGUUUCUCCUGUCUCUCCCCCGGCCCCUCCCACUGGCGUCUCCCCCGCGAGGCCCACGUUCACCGGUGCCGCCGACGUUGCCCGCCCUGCUGCUGGUCUCCUCACUGCUCUCAUGGCACUCAUGGCUUUCCUCUAA